CACUGAAUAUGUUUUUCUGAGACCAACCAAAAGCCAGUCUUCUGUCAUAGGGGAAGCUGAGUUGUUCGAUUCUGAUAUUAUUGUACUUGAGACUUGUUAAACCCAACCCAUUGGUAAGUUGGGGUUACAAUGGUGGACAACGGCCGCUGAUGCGGGAGCACCCAGCUCGGCACUACAUGAACGGCUGUUUCCCUGUGGAACAGGAUAUGUCUUUUGUGUCUCGUGGCACAUGCAGCUCCUUGGGCGAUGAUCAUCCUACCGGGGGAUCGCUCAUUAUAGUGUAUAGCAGAGAAAACUUGAAGAUAGGCGCUGGGUGUGACAUUCCGUCCAAUAUUCUCGAGCAUGCGUUGCGGUAUACACCGUACAACGUACCACGACAUAUAUCGCAGACACCUGCCACCCAGUAUUGCAACAUCCGUCCAACACAACCGAGAGACUGAAAAUGGAGGCAAACCCCGGCCACCGCUCCAUAUACAUUGCUUUAUACUACAUCACAUUUUCUCUCUCGCGGCAAACGAUGCGGCUCGGAAUCGCGAAGAGGCCGAAACCCCUACGCAGGAGCCUCGGGUUGCCAGCGUCAGAGCGUCGAGGAAAACAGCAUCGAGAAACAAUCAUCACCUUCUCUCCCCCACAAAUAAACUUCUUGCCGCUCUCCACUGCCGGAUCGGAAUUGGGGUCGAUGGGGUACGGCAGUCCCCGCACCGCAGCAUCGUCGGCUCGUGGGGAACUGGGGCCCUCUCGGACGGCGUGCCGUGGUGUUCGACCGGCUUGGCUAAGAGCCAAAAGAGCCCCAUUACCCCAAUUCCGAGCCGGCAGUGGAGAGCGGCAAGAAGUUUAUUUGUGGGGUUACCGAUAUCGAACACCGGGCCAUGGCGGCCGUGCUUGGCUCUGUACCCCGCGAAAAGAUUUCCAUGGUCGGUUCCACCACCGGAGAGCGGUCUGGGCGGUUGCCCACACUCCCGACAAGUUAGGCGCGAGUCAACGCGGGGUUCACAACAACAGAGAGACAAUCACACAGACAAACAUGAAGCAGAGGACGGAUGAGAUGCAAUAAGAUCCCCAAUACGCACACAGUAGCUGAUCGUCCUAAGUCAAACCCGGGUGGGUUAGCGUCAUAACCCGGCUGCUGGGACAUGCCUGGCUG